CAGAGAGGGCUGUAAAGCGCAGCCUCUGCCACUCGUGUGCUCCUCAAAUUUGGAACUGCAUCUUCUCACCUGAGGGCUUCUUCCUUCCCAUCUGUGGGUCACCGGGUUGCUUUCUGCACUGGAGUCAACAUGGCCAAGAAGAGGAUUGCAGUCAUCGGAGCUGGGGCCUGUGGCUUAACCUCCAUUAAAUGCUGCUUAGAUGAAGACCUGGAGCCCGUGUGCUUUGAGAUGAGCAGCGACAUUGGGGGGCUUUGGAGAUUUCAGGAGAAUCCUGAGGAGGGCCGGGCCAGCAUCUACAAAUCUGUGAUCAUCAACACCUCCAAAGAGAUGAUGUGCUUCAGUGACUUCCCCAUCCCAGAGGACUACCCCAACUACAUGCACAACUCUAAGAUCAUGGACUACUUCCGGAUGUACGCCAAGCACUUUGACCUUCUGAAGCACGUCCACUUCAGGACGAAAGUAUGUAACGUUAGCAAGCGCCCAGACUUCGCUCAAACAGGCCAGUGGAAUGUUAUCACAGAAACCAAUGGGAAACAGGAGUCAUCCAUUUUUGAUGGGAUCAUGGUUUGUACCGGCCACCAUACCAAUGCCUACUUACCACUGCACUCUUUCCCAGGGAUAGAAAAAUUCAAGGGGCGCUACUUCCACAGUCGAGAUUAUAAGAACCCCAACGAGUUCACAGGAAAAAGGGUUAUUGUGGUUGGCAUAGGGAAUUCGGGAGUGGAUAUCGCUGUGGAGAUCAGCCAAAUGGCCAGCCAGGUUUUCCUUAGCACCAGGCGUGGGGCAUGGAUAACAAAUCGCGUUUGGGAUGAUGGAGAGCCCCAAGACAUUGCUUUGAAUAGACGCAUUAUCACUUCCACCUUCAAACAGAAGUGGGCUCAGCCGUUUGUGAACUUUAUAGUGGAGCGAAAAAUGAACAAAAAGUUCAACCAUGUCAUGUAUGGACUCCAGCCUCAGCACAGAAUUUACAGCCAGCAUCCAACUAUCAACGAUGACCUCCCAAACCGCAUCAUUUCCGGCAGGGUGGUGGUGAAACCGAACAUCAAGGAGUUCAAGAAAACAUCUGUCAUCUUCGACAAUGGCAGCAAGGAAGACAACAUCGAUGUUGUUAUUUUUGCCACAGGAUACAGCUUCUCAUUCCCCUUCCUUGAUAAUUGCAUCAAAGUGGUUGAUAACCAGGUCACCCUGUAUAAAUUCAUCUUUCCUCCUCACUUGGAGAAGCCAACCCUGGCUAUCAUUGGCCUAGUCCAGCCGCUGGGAGCCAUCAUGCCAAUUGCAGAACUGCAGGCUCGCUGGGUGACCCGCGUGUUUAAAGGGCUGUGUAAGCUGCCUUCGUCAAGGGACAUGUUGGAUGACAUUCUCUCCAAGGAGGUGGAAAUGGCCAGACGGUACGUGAAAAGCCCACGGCACACAAUCCAAGUGGAUUAUGUCAACUACAUGGAUGAAAUGGCUGCUAUGAUAUCUGUGGAUUUCAGUAUAUGGCUCCUCUUCCUCACGGAUCCCAGGCUGGCCUGGGAGGUUUUCUUUGGGCCGUGCACACCGUAUCAGUACCGCCUUCAAGGACCAGGAAAAUGGGACAAAGCCAGAAAAACAAUCCUGACCCAACGUGAGCGGAUCGUCAAGCCUUUUAUGACAAGGGCAGUAUGCGACUUCACCACUGAUUCCAAGGAGCCAUUUUUCUUUAAGGCCUUGCUAGCAGUUGCUUUAUUUUCUGCAUUGUCUGCCUUUGUUAUAUUUUAAUAUUCGAUGGAUUUUAUUUUGAUUCUUGGGGGUAAAGGGAGGGAUUAUCUUCUCCCUUUCAAGGUGGUAUUAUCUUUUUUUUUUUUUAAACACCUGCAAAACGCACAUAGGUACAUACACACAAAAUAAAACAUGGUACUUAAGUUUGUGGAUUUCAUGUCUGAAAAACUGCAGUAUAAUAUCCACAUUAUAUAUUGUUUAUUGAGAUGUCCUUGAUAUUGAUUGUACUAAUCUCACACUAUGUAAUCCACCUUGAGUCUCAGUGAGAAAGGCGGACUAUAAAUGAUAUAAAUAAUAUAAAUAAAUAAAACC